UGUCACAUAGACGGUUGUCCCCAGCAGCUUCAACGUCCUCCUCCCACAGCACAACACUCCGACACAAUGGGGCUGUAAUGUCAGCGACGGGCGAGAUUUGAGCAUCUUCUCUAGAGUACUGAAUCAGUGUAUGGAUUUAAUGAUGAUGAAGAAGAAGAAAUUCAAGUUCAAGGUGGAUUUUGAGCUGGACGAGCUCUCCUCGGUCCCCUUUGUGAACGGUGUCCUCUUCUGUAAAGUCCGGCUGCUGGACGGCGGGUUUUCAGAGGAGUCAUCUCGGGAGCCAGUGCAUGCUAACAGUGUACGAUGGAAGAAACGGUUCUCUUUCCCCUGCAAGAUGAGUGCCAAUGCAGGGACGGGUGUACUGGACCCUUGUGUGUGCCGUGUGUCUGUCAGAAAGGAGCUGAAAGGUGGAAAAGCAUUUGCAAAGCUUGGUUUUGCAGAUCUGAAUUUAGCAGAGUUUGCUGGCUCAGGUAAUACAACUCGCAGAUGUCUGCUGGAAGGCUACGAUACCAAAAAUACUCGCCAGGAUAACUCCAUUCUCAAGGUCAUCAUCAGUACACAGCUCAUGUCAGGAGACCCCUGUUUUAAAACGCCCCCCUCCACAGCCACAGUGAUCGGGAUCCAGGGUGAUGGAGAGAGCCUGCUGGAGGAGAGGAGAGGAGGCGACUCACAGAAAGGAUGUUCUGCAGAGAGUCGAGAAGGGAAGUGUCCUGUUGUUUCCGAUGAACUCGGGGGCUGUGGCCACUCCCGAACAUCCAGCUACGCCAGCCAACAGUCCAAACUCUCAGGAUACAGCACAGGUCACUCCCGCUCCUCCAGCAUGUCAGAGUUCAGCCACCGGAGAAACCACUCAGUGGGCAGCGCCUCGACGGGCAUCGGUAGCAUCCCAGAGCCAAGCGACGACCGAGAGUCCAGACCCUGUCCAGCUCUACCUGAACACCCGGUCCCCCCCGCAACCACUAGCAACCCAGCGGGGACACCUGUACGGAGCGCCUCGUCCUGUGAACGCCUCAACAGACACCCUGUUAAGCAGGACUCCAUGGAGUCUCAGCUGAAGAGAAUGGACGACACGCGGGUCGAUGCUGACGAUGUUGUGGAAAAGAUUCUCCAGAGUCAAGACUUCACACCAAGCCUACUAGACUCCAGUGCUGAAGAGGAAGGCUUGCGCCUGUUCGUCGGCCCUGGGGGAAGCACGGCGCUGGGAAGCCAUCACCUCCCUACCAGGGUUGGUGCUGGAGCGUAUGAGCAGGUGGUGAUAAAGCGUUAAGACCCGCAGCCUCAAAGAUGGGGAUUCACACCGAUGACAUCGAGGCAAGCCUGUGUCGAUAUCAAUCUGCAUUCCUACAGCGGGCCUGAUCACUCUGAACGGUUGACAUGACAACAGCGCCCUCCUGUGUUCAUAUGUCUUUUUCGACACUGUAGCUCCCAGAGAAGGUGAACAUACAGAUAUGAUAUUGAAAAAAUAACAUGUAACGAAAACUGUCCACGCCUCAUUUUCUAGGUGUUUCUAGACUAAUCUUUUUGAGGUCACACUUUAUCAGUGAGCAUUCAAACCAAACCCAUUUUAAACAUUUAGGAACUUGAAGAAGACAAGUUAUUGGUGUGCAUCAUGGCACUGAAAUUCACACUGAAGAGGAGUAUGCAAUGCGCUUUCAAUACAUUCCUUUAGUCUCUCAGUGUUUGUUUUAGGCUUCCUUUUCAAAUAGGGUGUUCUUUUUAAUAUUCACCUAUACGCUGCUUAAACGUUGUAGUUGUUGGCACUCUGAUAACAGUUUUGGAAAUUGAGAAUAUUUUACUACAAAGAAGAGGCAUCAGCUAUUUGAUGAGUGGACUGUGUGUGUGUGUGUGUGUGUGUGUGUGUGUGUGUGUGUGUGUGUGUGUGUGUGUGUGUGUGUGUGUGUGUGUGUGUGUGUGUGUGUGUGUGUGUGUGUGUGGCACAUUUUAUAAUUAGCAGUAACACAAUCUCUUGUAAGAAUUGCUGUAUAGGUACUUUCAAAGAGAAAUUGGGAGAACAUAAGAAUUUGCUGACUUAGUAUUUGUUUGCUGAGCACUAUUUUGGUAAAUCCUGCAGAAAUAAUCCUGCAGAAAUAAUCUGCCCUACAAAGGCAAGCGCAGAAUCAAUACAUUUGUUCAGAACUUGGGUUUUUAGGACAAUAACUGACAUCUAAGUAAUUCAGUUUCUUGAUCUCACUCUCUCAGCAGAUCUAAUUACCUCCAUCUUUGCCUUUUACUUAUACUUAGGUGCGUUGGUAUUACUAAGCUACCUUAAAAUCACAUAUAAAUGAUUUCACUAUAAAUACAUUAUAACAGAACAAACAAAUACAUUUAUAUUAUAUAAUCUAAAGACUAUAAACAUUUAACAAAGAUUAUUUUAGUAAACAAACAAGUUUAAAAGGAAAAUAAAGCUGAAAUAACACAUGAUGGUACAAACUGUUUCCUCUCAAAAUCCCCUAAAGAUUAUCCUGAGUACAGUAUCUGUUUUUAUUUUUGCUCUUUUUUGUAUAAUCUUAAUCCUAUGGCAACUCAUUUUAUUGGUAAUAUAAUCCGCCUUAAUUGUUCAAAUGAAGGUAUUACAACUGUGUUGUCUGUUAAGCAGUUUGCCUUUCUUCUCAAGUGACAGCUGUCUGCCUUUGUAGGGCUGUAAAUAGAGAGCAUAAAAAGGGGCUUCUAUGAUAAAAACGACUAUAAAAAAGGGCAUAUAUCUAAUGCCCAGCUUUUCUGCUAUGUGUCUAAUGUAUAACUGCUUAGCGAGGUUAACUACAUCUUUCUGAGCUGGCCUGUUGACCAGGAAGCUACCAUCUGUGAACAAAUGGAAGAUCCUGUGACGUACUAACAAUUCAACCUGUGUAACUGACGCAUAUCGUAAUUUGUAUCACUCAAAGAUUGUACAGAGAAAGAUUGUAAAGUGAAGGACUAGUUCAGUAAUCCACUGCCAUGAAGAAAAUACUCAACUGCACCUGUUUUUAGAUUUAAAAAAUGUGUAUCUUUACCUCAGAACAUCUGGACUGUAAGAUCUGACAACAGUCUGAUUAACCGACGCAAUCAAUACAUAAACGAUUAGUGCUAAAAUAUCAUCAAACAAUAUAAAUCUACUGAAAAUGUCAUCCAGCCUAAUAGGAGAUUAGGUGCACAAUGUAUUCAGUUCAUAAGCAAAUCAGCCAAAGUACACAACACACUGUUAUUAUCUUGACAGCCCUAUGCAUAAUGAGAAUAUUAGCCGCUUUAUAACUAGUGAUAACAGACCGUACAGUAUCUGUAAUCUUCUGUCUCCCGUCAUAAGCCAUAGUAGAGGUAGGAUACCUCCUCUUCUAGAUAAACUAUACUUGUUAUAUCAAUAUCCGCACAAGCUUCAUCAGUGUAUGGUGUUUUAACUAUACGUCAGUGUUCUGUUUUUACGUUGGUGUGUUCUGCAUGAUUAAGACGUCCUUUUGUUGGCUUGCAGAACUUGACACAUAUUCAUGUAUGUCCUAAUUUGAUGUUGUGCCAUUUUGUUUUAAUCUGAAUAUUGAACACAUUGAAGGAACCAUUUUGCUUGCCUAUUCAGCAUGUAGGAAAACAUUUUGUCGUCAUGUUAACAGCAGAUAUCUGCACCGUGUAUGAUGUAACUGUAAAUCCAUGUUUUCAUUUUGUGUUUUUCAUUGUUGGCUUGGUGUAAAUGUCCCAUGUUGAAAUCUCAUCUAUAAAAGAAAACUUUUUCUUUUUUUAUCAUAAAUUGCUGAUAUUGUGCCAUAGUUUUGCUAAAUAUUGUAUUGUUUGGAAAAGAAAUGUUCUCACUACAUAAGACAGUAUUAAGUUUAUGAUUUAUGGUAACCAAAUAUCAACUAUUGGAAGUUUAUUUUCUUUUUUUAGAUAAAAUAUAUUGAGUUUUACCUGUGAUCAUCUUGGUACCGAACAUGUUGUUACAGACAUGGUUUCUUCUUCUCUUCUGUGAAGCUGUUGUCUAUAUAAAACUGUAAAGUGUAUUCUCCUGUGAAGUGGUGUUCUGCGCUGUUAUGACACUGUCCAGUGUUUCCUGUUACAGACUUGUGCUUUUGACCAACAUUUGCUUCCUAUACGAGUAUACUGGAUGCUUCAAAUGUGUACAUGGCACUGUUGAAUUAAACUGUUAAAAACCUUGA